AUCACAUUUGGGAACCAAGUUAUUUUCAAGAAAGAGCUAUUCUUGCUCCAACCAAUGAAAUUGCUGAGACGGUUAACGAUCACGUGUUAUCUCAAUUGCCAGGUGAAGAAAGAACUUACUUGAGUUCAGAUGCAAUUUCAGUGGAGGAAGGAAAUUUUGGAAUUCAUGAGAUGUAUUCAACAGAGUUCCUAAAUACAAUUAAAUGCGGAGGAUUACCAAACCAUAGUAUACGACUGAAGGUUGGAGCACCAGUGAUGCUCCUAAGGAAUAUUGAUCAAAGUUCUGGGCUAUGUAAUGGCACAAGAUUGGUCGUUAAGCAUUUAUGCGAUCGCAUUAUAGAGGCUAUUGUGGUAUCUGGUAGUAAUUUGGGCAAUAAGGUCUUCAUUCCACGAAUGACGCUGACUUCGUCAGACUCAACAAAAUUUCCCAUCAAGUUCCAACGGAGACAAUUCCCUUUGGUUGUGUGCUUAAUGACAAUCAAUAAAAGUCAAGGACAAUCACUUUCGCAUGUUGGCCUAUAUCUUCCUCGGUCUGUUUUCAGCUACAGACAAUUUUAUGUGGCCGUAUCAAGAGUUACUAGCAAGAAGGGUUUGAAAAUUUUAAUAGUUGAUAAAGAACGUGGAACAUCAAAUGUUACCACGAACGUAGUGUACAAAGAAGUAUUUCAGAAUGUUGGUUAAAUACUCUUAUUAUUAAUGUUACUCAAUAAUUAAUUUUUAUUUUCA